UUGAAACGGGGGUGUGGAGCAGCCAAGAUGGAGCCGGCAGCCGGCGGCCCCGGCCCGCUGAUCAUGAACAACAAGCAGCCCCAGCCGCCGCCGCCUCCGCCGCCAGCAACCGGCCAGCCUCCUCCCGGGGCCCCGCGGGCCGGCGGGGGCCUGCUGCCCGGGGGCAAAGCUCGAGAGUUCAACCGCAACCAGCGCAAAGACUCGGAGGGCUAUUCCGAGUCGCCAGACCUCGAGUUUGAGUACGCUGACGCAGACAAGUGGGCUGCAGAGCUCUCUGAGCUUUACAGCUACACGGAAGGGCCAGAAUUCCUGAUGAAUCGAAAAUGCUUUGAGGAGGACUUCCGGAUCCACGUGACAGACAAGAAGUGGACUGAGCUGGACACCAACCAUCACCGUACCCACGCCAUGAGGCUGCUGGAUGGCUUGGAAGUCACUGCCCGGGAGAAGAGGCUCAGGGUGGCUCGAGCAAUUCUCUACGUUGCCCAAGGCACCUUUGGGGAGUGCAGCUCCGAGGCCGAGGUGCAGUCCUGGGUGCGCUACAACGUCUUCCUGCUCCUGGAGGUGGGCACGUUCAACGCGCUGGUGGAGCUUCUGAACAUGGAGAUAGACAACAGUGCUGCCUGCAGCAGUGCGGUGCGGAAGCCUGCCAUCUCCCUGGCCGACAGCACAGACCUGAGGGUCCUGCUCAACAUCAUGUACCUGAUCGUGGAGACUGUUCACCAGGAGUGUGAGGGUGAUAAGGCCGAGUGGCGGACAAUGCGACAGACCUUCAGGGCUGAGCUGGGUUCCCCUCUGUAUAACAAUGAGCCAUUUGCCAUCAUGCUGUUCGGGAUGGUGACCAAGUUUUGCAGCGGCCAUGCUCCUCACUUCCCCAUGAAGAAAGUUCUCUUGCUUCUUUGGAAGACAGUGUUGUGCACGCUGGGAGGCUUUGAGGAGCUGCAGAGCAUGAAGGCUGAGAAGCGCGCCAUCCUGGGCCUCCCCCCACUGCCCGAAGACAGCAUCAAAGUGAUCCGCAACAUGAGGGCUGCCUCUCCGCCGGCAUCUGCCUCAGACCUGAUUGAGCAGCAGCAGAAACGGGGCCGCCGGGAGCUCAAGGCCCUGAUAAAGCAGGACAACUUGGAUGCCUUCAACGAGCGUGAUCCCUACAAAGCUGAUGACUCUCGAGAAGAGGAGGAAGAGAAUGAUGAUGACAACAGUCUGGAGGGGGAGGCAUUCCCCCUUGAGCGGGAUGAGGUGAUGCCUCCCCCACUGCAGCAACCACAGACUGACAGGCUGACAUGCCCCAAGGGACUUCCGUGGGCUCCCAAGGUCAGAGAGAAAGACAUUGAGAUGUUCCUCGAAUCCAGCCGCAGCAAGUUCAUAGGCUAUACUCUGGGCAGCGACACGAACACUGUGGUAGGCCUGCCCAGGCCAAUCCAUGAAAGCAUCAAGACUCUGAAACAGCACAAAUACACGUCGAUCGCGGAGGUCCAGGCGCAGAUGGAGGAGGAGUACCUCCGCUCUCCUCUCUCGGGGGGAGAAGAGGAAGUUGAGCAAGUCCCUGCAGAGACCCUCUACCAAGGUUUGCUCCCCAGUCUGCCGCAGUACAUGAUUGCACUGCUGAAGAUCCUGCUGGCUGCAGCUCCCACCUCAAAAGCCAAAACAGACUCAAUCAACAUCCUGGCAGAUGUCCUGCCUGAGGAGAUGCCCACCACGGUGUUGCAGAGCAUGAAGCUGGGGGUGGAUGUGAACCGCCACAAAGAGGUCAUUGUUAAGGCCAUCUCUGCUGUUCUGCUGCUGCUGCUCAAGCACUUUAAGCUGAACCACGUCUACCAGUUUGAGUACAUGGCCCAGCACCUGGUAUUUGCCAACUGCAUCCCUUUGAUCCUCAAGUUCUUCAACCAAAACAUCAUGUCCUACAUCACUGCCAAGAACAGCAUUUCUGUCCUGGAUUACCCUCACUGCGUGGUGCACGAGCUGCCAGAGCUGACCGCCGAGAGUCUGGAAGCGGGCGACAAUAACCAGUUUUGCUGGCGGAACCUCUUUUCUUGUAUCAAUCUGCUUCGGAUCUUGAACAAGCUGACAAAAUGGAAGCAUUCAAGGACAAUGCUGAUCCCCCUCUGGGCAUCAUCUCCCCUCCUGGGUAGAGCGGAUCCCCUGGACGUGUGCCUGUUGACUGUCCAGCCUCCUCCCUACACCUGCCUUUGUCUAGGAGAGAACUGUCUUCCUGAGGGUGGACGGGACUCGGGUUUCCUACUGCCGACCAGCCUGGCCCUAAGCCGCAGUGACUGCUUCAAGGGCCUGACUCCUGACCACGUCUUCUGCUUUGUCCCAGAUCUCGAUGCCCGACCUUGGGACUUCCAGGCAGAGGAGUGUGCCCUCCGUGCCAACAUUGAGCGCUUCAACGCCCGGCGCUAUGACCGGACGCACAGCAACCCUGACUUCCUGCCAGUGGACAACUGCCUGCAGAGCGUCCUGGGGCAGCGGGUGGACCUCCCUGAGGACUUCCAGAUGAACUAUGACCUGUGGCUGGAAAGGGAGGUCUUCUCUAAGCCCAUUUCCUGGGAAGAGCUGCUGCAGUGAGGCUCCCGAGCAGGAGACUGAAAGAAAGAAGGGGCGAUCUUGCAAUCCCAGGGCCCAUGCUGCUCACUGCUGCAGGGCCCUCCCUCUGGGUGGCACACGGCCCCACUGGGCCCCCGUCAGCACCAGCCUGUGGCCGAAUCCAGCCUCAGCCUCUUGCUGAUCCCAGCAUCCUUUGCAGGAGCGGCCCCUCUGCUGGGGACCUCUCUCCUUCACGCUCCCACCCUUGGCUCUCGGACGCAGUCGGCUGCCCCUCGUUUCCAGUGGGCCCAAGCUUGGAAAGCGCAGAUGGGCGAGAAGCCCAUCCCACCUGAAUUUCAGGUCACUCCGACUUCCUCAGAUACGUGUCAGUGAUAAGGAUGUGAGGCCGGGGCCAGGACCGGAAAGUCGGCAUCUUGGUUUUGCUCUGGGGGUUUUCUGAUGUCAUUCCAGUCUCCUGUUGAGUUUCAUCCAGAAACAAUUGCUGAGUCUCCUACAGCUGCCUCAGCACUUGGGUUUUGGCCAGGGUUGGGGUAGGAAGAGAAGCUCCCCUCAGCCAGAGCUGCCAUCUUGGUGUGCAAGGGUCUAUAAAGACCUGUAUGUAAUCUGUGUUCUCUCGUGUCAUGCUGGGGUUUUUAUGUGUUUGUGUAUUCUGUUUACAUUAAAAGGAAGCAAAAGUAAUUCUCUGCCUUUCCUACAAGAAAUACAG